UAGCGGCGGGUGAAGGUAAAUGAAAACGGCCAUGUCGUGGUAGAAAUCAGUUCAGAAACGAGCGAGUGUGACUCACGGCGUAACUUAUUCAUGUAAUGUAGCCUUAAAACUACAGCUCUGAAAGUAACACAUCUGACCUCUGGUUUGACAGAAAACAGUUUCCGUGGAAGUAAGUGUGUUAUUUAAAUCAAGGACAAACAUGAGCGGAGGAGGGACGCCGUACAUUGGCAGCAAAAUUAGCCUAAUCUCCAAGGCCGAGAUUCGCUAUGAAGGAAUUUUAUACACCAUUGACACUGAAAACUCGACAGUAGCUCUUGCGAAAGUUCGCUCUUUUGGUACGGAAGACCGGCCCACUGACAGACCUAUUCCACCUCGGGAGGAAGUUUUUGAGUACAUCAUUUUCCGAGGAAGUGAUAUAAAAGACCUAACAGUUUGUGAGCCACCCAAAGCCACUUGCACCCUGCCUCAGGACCCUGCCAUAGUUCAGUCAUCAAUUGGAUCCACCAAUGCUGCAGCAGCAUCAUCAUCAUUCCAGUCGGCUGGGUCCUAUGCUCCAUACGGCAGGGCCCCUGUCCCACCAUACAGCCAGUUUGGUGUUGCACCCCUUGCAGCUCAGCAGUUUGGAUCUGCUGGAGCAGGAGGGCGCACUAGUCCCCAGGUGGACCCUUUAAAAAAAAGUCCAACUCUGGAGCAGACAGUGCAGGCCCCACCGUCAGCUGCCCCAGCGCUACCUGCACCUGUAGGACAGAGGAGUCAGUCAGGGGCAGCAGCUCCCAGACCCACCGCCACCACUGCUGGCAGCCAGAAGCCCCCAGACCUCCUGGAGCAGAGAAAAGCUCCUGAGGUUCAGAAGGUGUCACAGCCAGAAAAUGAACAGGGUGCUGUUGAAAACCUGGAUCCCAACCAGCGUCAAGCUGCUGCUGCUCAGUCCACCCGCCGUGGCCGUGGAAGAGGAAACCGCAGCAGAGGCAAAGUAAAUGUGCGUAGAGAUGGCCCCAUGAAGUUUGAAGAAGACUUUGACUUUGAAACUGCCAACGCCCAAUUUAACAAAGAUGAGAUUGACAAAGAGCUCCAGAACAAGCUCAAACUGAAAGAUGACAAGACUGAAAAGGCACUGAAUGGAGAAGAAACUGUUGACUCAGAACAUCCUGCCAAUGAGGGGACCAAUGAGGAGGAGGAGGCGGCGGUGAUUAACACAUACUAUGACAAGUCCAAGUCCUUCUUUGAUAACCUGUCCUGUGGAGAUUUAAGUAAAGCGGGUGAAAGAGGAUUUUCAAAGGAGCGACGGUCGACCUGGGCAGAAGAGAGACGAAUGAAUUCUGAGACAUUCGGCAUUCCGCUGAGGCACAAUCGAGGAAGAGGGGGUUUCCGUGGCCGAGGCUUCAUGGGGCCCCGUGGAGGCCGAGGGCGACCGCUGAGCAGAGGUUCCUUCGGGCCACCCCGGGGUGCUCCGCCUGGUUUCAGAGACGGAUUCAGAGGUGGCAGAGGAGGCCGGGAUUUCUCUGAUUUUGAAUACAGGAAGGAUAACAAGGUGGCUGCAUAAUACUGCAGCAAUCCACGAAGAAUUGUAGCCCCUCAUCAUGAAAUUAUUCCUGCUGAAGAAAUUCUUUGGUCUCAACAUUUGACAGAAAGAAUGAAGACAGUCACCAGCACCAGGGUUGACUGCUUUACACAGGGGGGUGAGAGUGCAGCUCCCUUUUCUCCACUUUGAGAAUUAGGCUUUUUGUUUUUUUGCCCGGGUCACCAGGUUGACAAGAACAUGUGUAAAUACCUUGCUUUGGAGUAAUUCUGUAUUUUUGCAUCAGUCAAGUUCAUUUCUUACUGAAGAUGUCUUUGAUAUUGAAAGCUGUAUGUAAUCCCACUGAUACUGUGAGUUGAUCACAGUUCAUGUGAUCAUAGCUUUAUUUUCAUUUUAGUUUUUGGUAUAAGUAUGUAGGCACCAAAAUUCACUGCAUUGCCUGUUGCACCAUAUGUUUCUCUGCUCAGACUUAGUUUGGUUGCCAUGUGUUCAGUAUUUUGCAGGAAAAGCUGGGUUUUUUUUACUUCCGUUUAUUCUCAAUGAAGUAGUGAGAUCAAAGGCAGCUGAAAGAAACACAAUCUGAACUGAAUAUCGUAAUGAAUGAAUGUAUAUCUAACCCAUCUUCUGCUUAGUGCCCCCAGCAAACUGUGGCUCACCAGACAGACUUUUAGUUUAGAGUUUUUAGAAAUGUGCAUUCAGUAUUUAAAUUCAUCAUGCUUUGACCCCUCAAACCUCCAACAUCAAAUGAGUUCUGUUUCUGCUUUACGUUUGUAGCUAGACGUCUGCAGGCCUGUCAAUGAUGGCAGCCUAAUGCAGGUAGCCAGUGGUUUGAUUGAUAUAUGGGGCUUACAGCAUUAGCUUUAGAAGUAUUUGUUGACUGUAGAUUUUUUUUUUGACCGGGUCUGUUUUAUACAGUUGACUGAUCAUAGAGAAUUCCCAUGAUUUGUGUCUGUGAAAGAGGAACAUCCAUUACUAUUAAUGCCUUUAGAAGUUCUUAGGAGAGGAAAGCCUCGAGUUUAUUCAGUCCAAAGCUGCAGUCAGAAUGACAGGUUUGAUUUGGAUAAAAAAAAGAUGUUCUGCUAUUUUGCCAAAAAAAGAAUAUGUAAGCAUUUGGUUGAGCUAAAAUAAGUGACAGUCCGGUCAAGUACAUGUUUUCUCAUUUUAGUACCUGUUGAUCUACCUUUCUAUGUCCAAAACAUACUGAGCAAUCUGUUUUAAAGCACGUUCUUUCUUUUUUUUUGUUAGCAGCAUCCUUUGAAUUGUCAGUUUUUUCCACGUCUACAGUCAGCUGUUUCACUGCAAAAUUAAGUACUUGCAGUGUUGUAAGGAUUGUUUGCUGAAAAUGGGAAAUCUUGUAAAUGGAUUGAAUGUCUCUUGAAUGUUCAAUACAAAUGGCAAAAUUUCUUAUAAUUAUCAGCCCUCUGACUUGUUUGUACCUCCUCUUGUUGCAUUGUUAAUGUGAUUGUUCUCUGGAGUGAAUUUAUUAUUUUUACUGACUUGUGAACAAAGGGACAAGAACUGGAUGUGGUGCCAGUGUGUUGGGGGUGGUAUUUUCUUAUUUGUUAGUACUUUAGGGACUUAAGAGUACUUUUGCCUUCAAAGUAGUAAUUUUUACAGCUCUCCCUUUAACUUAAAGGUUACCUUUUGACAAAAGUAUUGAUAGCACUACACAGUGAAACUAGACCCUUCUCAGUAGCUGUGGUUGUUGUUGGUAGAACCAAGCAGCCCAGUUGAAAAUGUGCUGUUUAACUGGAUAUUGCACAGACUGCUGAUCACUGCAUGAUAGCCAUAGGAACCAUCACUUUACAUGGGCUUUCGCAACGGCCAGCGAUAAAUUUGAGACAAGUAUUACUGAACAUUAAACAUGACACGUUUUCAUAUGUUUGUUACUCCUUCCAGUCACUGGAAUUGUAAACCAGGACUUGUUUUGAGAAUCAGAAAUGGAGUUUUUAUGUAAAAUAAAGAGUUGAACAAUA